GGCCUUGCAUAACACACGCUGGUGCGCUACACACGCAGGGCUUCAUGUGAGCCAGAAGCAAAGGGGGGACUUCCUUAUCGCCGGCCCAUUGGAACAGCGUAAGCAGAGGGGCAGUGGGGGAGAGCAGAUCCCAGAACCAGGAAAAGAGGGUGGAUUUCCAUUUCUAAAUUUGGUCUAAAGAAAAUUAUCCGCACCGAGAGGAAAGAAGGCAAAGCUUUUUCUCAGGGACACGGAAGGCGCAGAGACCCAAGGAGGCUUUUAACAUGCAAUGCAAGCAGGGAGUCCUGAGAGAAUGGUCUGAUGUCACAUGACUGAGAUGAUUUGGACCACCCCUCUUCUUGUCUCCUGUUGUCACCUUUGUUGGGAGCAGUGGCAUAUGUGUGUGUGUCCUUUGCUCCACAGAUUUUUGCUGCAGCUGAGGGCGCCUGUACUCAAAGGGAGAUGAUUCCUCAUGAAGUCUGCGGCUCACCCUCUGACAUCAGACGAGACUCCCCAGGCUUUAGACUGAGACCCGCACCAGUCAGACGCUGAGGACAGAGGACUGAGCAGCGAGCAAGUUCACCUUGAGAGUGAACAGGCAGGAGAACCACCUUACAGAGAUAACGGCAACCAGAGAGAGAGAGGGAGAGAGACAGAGGAAGAAAAAAAAAACAAGGGAGAGAACGAAAGAGGGGAGGAUUGUCUGCAAAGAAAAAAGCAACAUGAAGUCCAAUCAGGAGCGAAGUAAUGAGUGUCUGCCUCCGAAGAAGCGUGAGAUUCUGGCGCUGGAGGAGAAGGCUGUGGUGGUGGCGUCUGCCAGUGAGAGCCAGAGAGGGGAGAAUCUGGCGUGGCUUGCCAGUGUGGCCAGCGGGCAGAGCUCUGGGCAGCACAUCAGUAGCGACAACAACAAUCCCCCGCACAAGCCCCUCUCCUCAACAGCUGAAUACCCUUCCUCUUCCUCCUCCUCCUCUUCUUCUCUGCCCAGAGUGGCAAUGUCAGGGUCAGCACUGACACCUCUCCCUGCGGUCUACUCUUCGCCCCUCUCCCAGCCUGCCGGGACCAUCCAAUACACCCAGUUGCCACCCAAUGUGCAGUUCAUCAGCCCUGCCUAUGGUGGGCCCUACACUGGCUACAUCUCGUCUCAGCUCAUCUCCCCCACGGCCACCUCCGCCCCCACCCCCGCACAGCGCCCCCGCCUGGAAGCCUAUGGUGCCGCUGUAGUUUCGCCGGCCCCCAAAGGGGACCAGCGUCACCUGCUGGGCACCCCUCCGCCGCCCCCUUCUGCCCAUCCUGCCGGCCAGUACGUCCAGAUGGCUGGCUCUCCGCUGAGCGUGACGGCUGGGACAGUAUCUUCGCCCGGUACCCACCUGCCCCUGCACCCCACAGUCCUCCCCCACACCCUGACCCUUGCCCCCUCACAAGUGGUUGUCCAGUACACUGAUGGACUGGCAACCAAGAAAGAGGAGGGGCGGACGAGAGAGCUGCUGAAUGGGGAGGUGGACAAGGGGCGGCGCUAUGGGCUGCUGCUCGAAGCUAACCUGGUCAAGCAGAGCGGGGCAGCCAAGGUGGGGUCCGGCCAGCCGCAGCAGCACUACGAGGCUCGGCACGUGGUGAUCCCCGCUGACUACGCGCAGGAAACCUCAGGACUUCAAACCUCUCUUAUGCUGGUGCCCAACAGCCAUGCUAACAGCAGCGGCAUGGAGACAGACACUGGCCUCGACAAGCCCCCAUCCUCCACAGCCCAUGGCGAGAGGGCAGGGCUGGGCCUGGACAAGCCUGUCCCCAACAGGGCCUCGUCCUUCACCUUCCCCUCCUCCUCCUCGUCUUCUUCUGAGACGCUGAAGACACCAGUUACCACGCUAUCCCCCCACACUGUUAUACAGACCACUCCCAGUGCCACUGAGCAGAUCUCCAUGGGCGUCCCUGCCGCCAGCUUCUACCCUGCCUCCCAGCCACCCAUCAUCGGCUACAUCGCGAGUGGUGGGCAGCAGCAGCAGCAGACCGUCAGUUACCACGCCACCCUGCCCCAGCACCUGCUCAUUCCGAGCGGCCAGCCCCUGCUCAUUCCGGUCAGUGGUGGCGGGGGUGGGGGGGAGCAGGAACCCCCCCACCCCAUGGCCACCGCCCCCCAGCAGCUCGCGACGGCCGCCCCUCACGCCUAUGUCGCCACGCCACUCCCCAAGUGUGAGCUGGUGGGGGUGGGUGAGCAGCAGGCCUCGAGCCCCUUCCCCGCCGCGCCCAUUGCCCCCGGCAACCUGGUGCAGGCGCAGCUCCAGCUGCCCGCGCCCGCAGCCCCCACCCCCGCGCCCUCACUGCCCCCCUACUUCAUGAAGGGCUCCAUCAUCCAGCUGGCGGACGGGGAGCUGAAACGUGUGGAGGACCUGAGGACUGAGGACUUCAUCCAGAGCGCCGAGAUCAGCGGCGAGCUGAAGAUCGACUCCAGCACCGUGGAGCGCAUUGACGGCAGCCCCGCGCCCAACUCUGCCAUCAUCCAGUUCGCCGUUGGGGAGCACAGAGUGCAGGUGAGCGUGGAGGUGCUGGUGGAGUACCCCUUCUUUGUUUUUGGGCAGGGCUGGUCUUCCUGCUGCCCAGACAGGACCACCCAGCUGUUUGAGCUCUCGUGCGCCAAGCUGUCAGUGGGUGACGUCUGCAUUUCCCUCACCCUCAAGAACCUGAAGAAUGGCUCUCUGAGGAAGAGCCAAUCUCAGGCGCCCGGGAUAGGGGCCAGCCCCGCCCUCCUGCUCAAGCCCCCCAAGACAGAAGGGUCGCACAGGGACAGGGGGGGCCACCACAGGGAGCAGGAAAACGGCAUAGGGCAGUGGGUGGGAGGGGCAGGAGGCGGGGCAGGAGGUCCCGUCUCUGAAAACGGGGAACUGAAGUCUGGGGAAAAGACCCGAUUGGUCUUGCCCCCCAAGACGGAGUCCGGAGGCGCUGACCGACCUGCAGGCCGCAAGAGGAGGUGGUCAGCCCCGGAAGGACGACAAGCGGAGAAGUCAGAUGAGGGGCCCUCCCCGACCCUGCCCAAAACCACAUUUAUCUCUCAGGAGGUUAAGAUCUGCAUCGAAGGCAGGUCAAACAUAGGCAAGUGAAGGUUCACAAGACUUUUAACCAAUGGGGAAAGAAAGCAAACCUGAUUCAGUUACCUUCAUGAUGUUUCUAUUUCUUUUUUUGUUUUCCUUAUCCAGAUUACUGUACUGUAGGCUAAACUGACCCAAUACAUUUUAUCAUUUUUAUUUUAGGUCCGUGUAGUACGUACACGUAAAGUUUUGCUGUUGUUAUCAUUCGAUAUUGCACAGUCAAAUUGAAAAAGUUAUUUUUCCCACAACUCUCAGUCAAGUGGGUUUGGAGGACAGCUAUAUUUCAAGCAUAUAUACAUUCGCAUAGGGUUUGAGCAAUUCUUGAAUCUAUUGUUCAGCUGGUGUCCUGUUGAAAUCCUUGUCAUGCGAUUCCGGUCCCCUCAAAAGGAUGACAUGGGGACGGUAAGUGUAGCACGUCCUUCCGGGUCGCGGGAGAACGCGGGACGUAGGCAGCCACACGUUCCAGUAGAGAGCGUCACUGAGAGAUGACAGUAGAGAUUGUGUAAUGUUACCGGCGUGGUCACACAUUGGGCUCGGCCGGGUGACCCUUGCUCACACGAAGCGCGGGACAUUCCCCGGCCCCUUGCGGUGUGACCGCGCGGCUACUGCCCCACAGGCAGCAGGCGGGGGGCAGAGACAGCAGCCGUGCUCUGAGGCCACGGAGCCCUGAGCAUCAGCACUUUACCUAUCGCAUCGGGCAGGGUGGUGGAAUCACUCCCACUGACGCCCCCCCCCCCCCUUCUCCCAGGCCACGGGGCCGUUUCCGUGGCAGCGGGGCUGCGGGUGGGAGUGACAUGAUGCCACCCCCUCAUGCAUUCUAUCGCAUUGUUUUUUUCUUUUACAGUUUGUGCGUUAUUAUUUUCUUUGUUGAUUUUUUUAGUCUUAUAGAUAGCAAUUACCUAUUUAUGGGGCCCCGUUUCACAUUUACUGUGUAGAGAGACAGUCAUUGCCUCUGGUACUGCUUGUGUCUCAAAGAGGUGUCAUCGCCGACUGAGGGGUGUGCACUCUCACUCUGACCCAUUAGUUGCAGACUGCAGGCAGUGAUGGGAGAGUAAGGCUUCAUUAAUCCCAUAAUGGGUGGAGCCAUCAUUCGCUGUCAGUGUUUGACUUGUAGGAAUAAUUCAAGAGACUUUACUUUCCAUGGCAAGACGCUAUGAUAGUUCAGUUAAGUGAGUCACUGUAUCACUUCGCCCCAUUUUGGAAAAUUGGGAAGCCUCACUCUCCCAUCAUUCAUUGCAGGAGUGCACUACCAUUGCACCAGAUUCAUUAGAAUGGCAAGACUUACUUCAUUGUGGGUGGCACACAAAGGCAUAAAGUUAAGGAGCAACUGUGGGUAGCUCUGUGAGAAAUAAUCAGUGCUUACCCUAACAAUUGUUAUUGACACAUAUAUCCAGUUGGAGCUGGAGCAAAGUUUUAUUUGGAAAAGUCAAUAAAUGUUUGAAAUUGAACUACAGGGAAAUUGAUCAGUCAGGGCUCAUUUACCAAGGUCUGGCAUGUCCAACCAUACAUUUUCCCUGGAUUUUAUGCUCUGAAAGAACCAACCUUGGUAGCAUCUUUGAUGGUCUCAGAAUCCACUACACUCUGAUGUGUGUCUGUGUCACUGCAGGCAGCCCCAAAGAUGGAAUCGAAAGAUUAAUUAAAGGGAAGCAGUUCUGAUCUUAGAGUGGAGAAUCUGUGCACACCACUAUAUUUACAUUAUCUUUGAUAUGAAACUGAGGCUCUACCUGCAAGAGGAUACCGUCAUAUUUUACCAUUCAAAGCACAUUUCAUUAUAUAUAUCCACAUUAUGUGGCUGUGAACGUUCAACCCAAGGCACAGAUUUUCUACAUUUCCAGAUUUCUCCUAGACUGUUGUUGUUGAAAUUACAGAUGGCAAAACAUAUGAAUUGUUUUACACUGCCACUCACUGGCAGAGAGAUGUGUCUCUCUGUAGCACAAGGGUUUUGUUGUUUGUCCCCCACUCCAACGGCUGGACAUUUCGUAGACUCCUUCCCUCAGAGAGUUCGAAGAUUAAAGGAGGAACAAAGCAAUUCCUUUGGUUUAGAAACUUGCCUUUAGGGCCAGACCCGUAAGUCUGCUCCUACACACCUCAAUGGCAGACAUAUUUAAAAAGUUUGUGGAAUCUCUGUUUUCUGUGCAGACUGUUCUCUCUUCGUCUUUGCCAGCAGCCCAAGAGUGGGACGUGUAAUCAUAGUAUGCUGGUAGGGAGGGACAUGAAAAAGCAAGAAUGCUGAAGUGUCAAAUAUAUUCUGAUGGUGUAGGAUUUAUCUCCUGCGAUUGGUCCAGAAACUGAAUUUCUGGGGGGUGCAUGAGCCGUGGAAUUUGGACCAACUAUGUGAGAUACACAAGACGUUCAUUAUAUCCCAGUUGUAAAUGAGAGAGAGCCCUUGAGUGACACCGCCCUAUUAACAGUUUCCCAUACUUCCAGACAAUCAAUCCAGUCAGAUGAUGUCACCUAGCAGCAGUGGUCAUCCCUGGGGAUGAUUAGGGUUUUUUUUCCUUGAUUUUUUACAAAUAUGCUACAACACAGUGGGGUGUGCUUUUAUCUCUAGUAAUACCACUCUUUUCAUGUUGGUAGUGAGUGUUGCUUCUUAUUUUGCCUGCCUUUUUGAACAUGUUGUUGUAAUCUUUUCAGUGUCUUUGGGAUACCUGACAGGAAGGCAUACUGUUAUGAUUAUCCUCACUUGGAUGUGCAGUAGGUAGUGAUUGGGUGGGUACUGAACUGAGUGCACACACUGGGUUUGUGAUCAUGACCACAGGGAGGAAUGAGAAUUAAGCACAGUUGUCAUUCCUAAAUACCUAGCACCACCUUAACCUCUUAUCACA